AAGGAAAACUAUUCUUUUAGUGAAAGUGAAGUCUUGACAAUCCAGAUUAAAGCAAAAAAGAUGUCGAUGCCUUGUUUGUGUUCCUAGUUUGUCUUUUGAUUUAAACAAAGACGUUUCACUUUGUUUUCACCAAAGGUUUUGGCAAUAGAUUUGGCCUAGACUUUUGGUAAUACUCCACACCUUAGCAAAGUAAACGGCUCAAUUCCCCUAGAUUUUAUUCCUCUAUUUAAAAAUAUUUUAUAAAAUAUUUAAGAAUAAACAAUUUCUUGCAACCCCACAGCCCAUUUUUGCAUUCUUUAAUAAAGCAAGAAAAUAGCUUUGUUUCUUACAGAUGUGAGAAUUCAAUGCACAUAGAUGGAUGCCACAUAAAUUGGUGAGAGGUGUUUCAAAGCUGCAUCGUUUUGGGAGUUGUAACUCCCAACAAUAAAAAAUUGUCGGUUGUGCUGUCUAUAGACAGAGCCCCUUUUCUUAAACAUUAAAUUGAUUUAUUUAAUCUUGGCUUCUCCGCCAUUUUCUUGCAAGUGUAAACUAUAAAGAUACUUAACUUUCAGGUGAUUAGAUUAGAACAUCUUUGUUCAAAUCCCAAGUUAUAUAUAUAUAUGUGCCCAUUUGUUUCUUGCUUUUUCAUGCAUAAAUGCAGCUGCAAAUAACCUUUUAGAUCUCCACAUUUUCUCUUAAGCUUUUUCAUCGAAGCAUCUCUUGUUUGACAAUGCUGUUUUUCCUGGUUUCUUGUGUAUCUUUUGUACUACUUUCUCAGUCAUUUCUCAAGCCAACUCCAACUCCCAAAAUGGAAUCCAGAGUGUGGAGAUUCCCCUUGAUUUUUAGGGAAAUUCUUUUGCUGCUGGCCAAGAAAAGAAAGGCUCUCAUCAAAGUAUUUCAAGCUCCAUCACUCAAGAAAAUGUUGAGCCCUAAAUAUGUGAUUCUUGAGGAGGAUGAGAAGAAACAAGAAAGUUGCAUCUCUCUACUUGAUCUCCCUGAUUUGGUAUUGGACUGCAUUCUUGAGAAACUGUCCCCUGCUGAGCUGUGCAGCAUGGCUGGAGUUUGCUUCUCUUUGAGAGACAAAUGCACAAGUGAUCAUCUGUGGCAGAAGCUCUUGAAACGGAAAUGGGGUGAAGCCAUUGGUCAUGCUGCUUACAGAGAAUGGCAAUCUCAGAUUCCUUCUCUUCAAUUCUUGCAUUUCACUGAAAAAAGAAGCAAAUUCUUGCCCUUCUCAACCCUUUUCAGGUGCAAAUUAGAGAUGAAGGAGAAAAAAAAUACUUCUUUACCGUAUAACUCACUCAUGUCUUGCUAUCUCGCUCUUGAAAGUGGAAAAUUCUGGUUUCCAGCUCAGGUUUUCAACAGAGAGAAUGGGCAUGUGGGAUUUAUGCUUUCAUGUUAUGAUGCACAAUUAAGCUAUGGUUCAACCACAGACAAUUUUGUUGCUAGAUAUAAAGCUCAAGGUAGGUCUAUGAUUGAGGAAGGCAUUGAGUGGAAAAGAAUUAGGGCACCAAGUGUAGACACUCCCGCCAAUGUUCUUCACAUUUCCUCCUGCUUAGAUGAUCUCAAACCUAAUGAUCACAUUGAGAUUCAGUGGAGGAAAAACAAAGACUUCCCAUAUGGUUGGUGGUACGGAGUGGUUGCACAUCUGGAUUCCUGCAGUGGCAAUGAAUUGAGCUGUCGCUGUCACCUCAGCGGUGAGCAACUUAACUCCAUCGAAUCCUCUUAUUUUGUUUUGUUUAAUUAUAUGCAUUGUUUAUAAUGAAUCGACCUAUAUUUUACUUCAACUUUACAACACUAAUUAUACUAUAAAUAAAUGAUCUAGUCUUUCGUGAAAAUGAGAAUCGAUAUGUAUAAAUCAAUAAAAUCUAUGAAUAUUUUUUUUUGUAAUGCACGAAAAACCAUUAAUAAAGUAUCUAAUUAACUGAAUUACUGUUAUUCAUACAUUAUAAGCCGUUUAUUCAUGAAUUUAUACUAGCUAGCAUAUUCAUUAUUCUCAUUUCUUAUUGGAUCCCAAUCCUCUAUAUUUGAUUUUGGUAAGGUUGAGAAAUUCACAAUUCAGCAUAGUGGUCCCUUAGUUGACAUGCAUUUGAGUGCUCCAUAUAUAUGUUGAGCUGAGCUAAUAAAUGCGUCUAAAUAUGUUGUGGGGUUGUAUUUCCUAACUACUUUAUGUGAAAAGUGGUUAGAAAACUCAUACUCGUAUGUGGGGUGGUGUGUGCACUGCAGAUACGAUAGUGUUGGAGUUCAAGCAAUAUGCGGCGGCGUCGCGGUGGAGGAAGGCGGAGAUGAAUAGGAAGAGUCAUAGAGAGAUUGGGAAUGAGGUGGAUGGAUUUUAUGGUGGCAUUAGAAAACUUAGCAAGGAACAAGAAAUUCAGAAAUGGAAGCAGCUAUGGCCAAACUGCACAUUGGAAUAGUUGCUACAAAUUUUACUUCAUUUUUAGAUGUAAUUUUGAGCCCCCUUCUCAAAUUUGUAGAUAGGAAGUGGUGGAUGAUGAGAUUAGGCUUUAUCUUUUUUUUUGUGCAUCUUCAUGCAGAAGCCUAUUGUAGUGUUUGUGGGAUUUUUUUUUUUUUUUUUUUCACCUUUUAAAAAUUUCCCCCUUUUUGUUUUUCAUCAAACAUAGCUGCAGGCGUUUCUACAUUGGAAGAGUGGUUGUUUUAUGGGCCAUUUUUCUUGAUUUAUUUGGUGAAAUUAAACAUUGUGAUAUGGGAUGAAUUGUUUUGAAA